UUUUUAAAAAAUAUACAUAAACAAUACAACGUUUGAAUUAUGUUUGAGAUAACAAAAUAUAUUUUCAAAUAUUCAUCGAAUAUAAUUCAAAUCAUUAUACCAACGCAUACGUUACAACAUAGAGUAUAACAAUUUUUUAACGAUUUUCGAAGAUAUUUUUUAUUUUUUCCCUCUUAUCGUUGGCGUUUUAAUAACUGGGCUGCGUUUAGAAACAUCAUCCGGGUGUUCUAGCUAUCAUUUUACCCUUGUUUGUCAUCGAAUGUUAAACAGAAAUAAUAUGAUAGCUAGCACACCCGGGUGAUGUUUCUGAACGCAACCCUGAACUGCUAUAACUAAGACGCUUAUGUGCUUGGGUUAAAAAAUGUUAUACUUAAAGUUUAUUGCAAUUGUAGUUUUUUGAGUGUUGUCCUCAUUAAAAUGUUUAUCUUUAAAUAAUUUCCAUUUUAUUAAUAAUUAUAAUUAAACUGUUAUUAAUUGUGCACAUCUUCUGCAGUAAUCUUAAUCUUGUAGUAAUUAUUUAGGACGUAAUAUUCUCCAUUAUGUUUUUAUAAUAAUUAAUAUAAAUUUUCUACGUAUAAUUCUAUGCAUUAUUUUUGCAUUAUUAUUAUACAAAAUGUUUUACUAUACAAUAAAUAUGUGAGAAAUAAAUAGUAUUUUUUGAAGUUGUUUAAAGCCUUUGGCACACAAUACAAUUUGCCAUGCUAGGUCGCAUAUGAGAUAUCUUACUACGUAUCCUUUUUGGCUUACGAUUGCUGAUAAUCAUCUGAAUCAAUUAGGACACAAGACAUCUCAUAUGCGACCUAGCAUGGAAAAUCGUAUCCUGUGCUGAAUGCUUAAGACACAAAGAUUUUAAUGAGAGUCAGCAUUCCCAAAUUUUGGGAAAAUUAGAGUGUAUUACACGUUAGCUGUAUUCUUAAGAAGACAGCGUUUCAUUACUUUUGCAAUGAACAAUUUAGUUGUUAAGAUGUCAGAAAGACAAAUCGUUUAUUUUCAGCUGCAAAUUGACUGCAAUGAAAUCUUUGGUAAUAGCAAUACGUUGAUUUGUUCUAGAUGAAUAUCAGAUGAACAUACCAUUAUCCAGUAAAAAUCAAAAUUUAUUUAAGGAUUGUGAAGAUAAUCUAAAAGAAAAACACUGCAAGAGUGUAGGCAGACAUUCAACAAAGGAUAAACCUAUAAAAAUAAAACGCCGUUCGACAUCUCCCUAUGGUCCUACAAAACGAAUUCGUUGGAAUGAAGAGGAAAAAAAUGCUGUUACAUCUGCAUUUGGAACAUAUAUUGACUCUACGAAAUUGCCUUCUUUGCAAGAGAUUAACAAGGUUAUAGAAAACUCUCCAUGUUUAAAAAGUCGUACAGCACCGCAAAUAAAAACAUGGCUGCAUAAUCAACGAAAAUCUCGAAUGCAAAAUAAAUAAGUUUAGUUGAGAUGUUUAUCUAAUGAGAUUAAUAAUUAUCCGUAUACUUUUAUUAUUUUUAUAAAUAGUACCUGUUACAACGCAAUUUAAUGCAAAUUUAAUGUUUAUUUUUAUCGCAAAUUAGUCUUGCGAUUUUUGGUUUAUAAGUACCUAAUAUAACUUUUAAAGCAUGUCAUUAAUAUGUCAAAUAAUUUUGUCUUCACAAAGAUAUCUUUUAUAUUGUGAUGUAAUUUAUACAGGCUUUUAUUUUCUUUUGUAAUGAUUAUAAUUUAAAAAAAAAUAUAUAUUUUUCAAGUACUUAUUUCGUAUAAUAUUUAAAAACAAACUAAUGUUAUUAACGAUAAAAAUGUUUUUAUAAAAGAUAUCUCGUGAUUUAAUUCAGAGAUUUAGGAUGUAUUUCACACGUGCGUAUGAUGCAUGAUGCAUCACGUGUAUAAUGUAUGAAAUGGGACGCAUCUCUACAUUUAUGAUUGUAAAUGGUACGGUUAUUCUUACAGUUUUCAUACAUAAUUCUUAUAACUUUAAAAACAGGCAGUUAUUAACGAUAUGUCAAAUAUUUUUGUUUUUAUGAAAAAUAUGCUACAUUGUGAUGUAAUUUGGAAACUUAUAAUUAUAUUUAUUUUAUAAGCGAUAAAAGAGACUGUUUAUAACGAGACUGUUUAUAAUUUUGAAAUAAAGAUUUCAAAAUUUCUAAUUAUGUUAAGGAAAUAUAAAGAAAAAACUGCCAAAAAAAUUAUUUUUUAUUAAAUAAGAUAACUACAUUAAUAGCGCUAAAAUUUUGUAAUAUAUUGUGCGUGUGAUUGGUGCAGAUAUUUUAACUUUGCAGGAUUUUAAAGUUUUUGUCUUUUGCACUUAAAAAAAAAAA